AUGAAACAAAGACCUGGUAUGAAGCUCAGACCUUCUGCAGAGAGAAAUACACCGACCUGGUCAGCGUGAGGAACCAAACUGAGAAUGAAUUGAUCACAAAACUUAUUCAAACUAUAGUGAAUGAUGGUGUUUGGAUUGGAUUUUCAAUGACUCCUGGAAGUGGUCAGAUCAGAGUAAUUCCUCAUUCAGAUACUGGAGCUCUGACAAACCCAGAGAUGAUUUGAAAUGUGCAGCAGUGAAUAACUCUAAGCAACACUACUGGAGUGAUCUGAACUGCACAGAAGAACUCCCAUUCAUCUGCCAUGAGAAUAAACUGAUCCUGAUAAAGAUGAAUCUGACCUGGAAAGAAGCUCUGAGAUACUGCAGGAACCAUCAUCAUGACCUGGUCUCAGUGCGCUCUGAAGAGAUGCAGCUCUGGGUGAAGGAAGUUGCUCUGAACGCCUCCACCAAACACGUGUGGCUCGGCCUGCGUCACACCUGCGCUCUGGGCUUCUGGUACUGGGUGACUGGAGAGAUGAUCUGCUAUCAGGACUGGGCUCCGGGGAACGGGACAGGAACAGAAGACUGCAGCAAUGAAGAGAGAACCGGAGCAGUGCAGUCUGGAGGAACGAAGCAGCAGUGGGUCAGUCUGCCUCAGAGCAACACACUCAACUUCAUCUGCUCCACCUAUGAAGAUCAUCUGUACCACCGAGUGAUUCAACAAUAUAUCUAUCCAUUCUAUUGACUUUCUUUCCAGAUGUUUAAUCCUAUAUCUAAACCAUAUAUUAUGGAUUUUUUGCCAUGUGAUCUACACUAACAUGUUUACUUUAUUAAUAGAAGGGGGUUUGAGGGGAAAAAAAGAAAGAUGUAUAAUAUUUGCUCGAUUUUGUUUGCUGUAUGUAACAUUUAGAUUGUUUUAGUUGUCUGUAGUGUAACAGACACCUGUAGACAUUUGACACUGUAAUGUCCAUUUAAUACUGCAAAAACAAAGUUCCUGUUUAAAGACCUCUUUAAUGUUUUAUUUUUUUAUAUUUAUGGGUUACAUGUACAUUUAUGGGAUUUGGCAAUGAUCUUAAUACAGCAGUUGCGUUAAUUUCUUAACCACUGAGCUUUCAGUUCCCUAUAUAAAGAGAUUAAUGUUGACAAACUUUAUAUAUGUAUAUGAUUUAAGGUGGUGGUCUCUCUAAACCUGUCGUGUCGAUGAUUUGACUUUUACAUUUGAAUAUGGAGUGUAAUGAUCACUGGAACUCUAAUAAAAUGAAUAUUUUGACUUCCAA